CGUCCGAGUUUCACGCCAUCAUUGUCCGGCUGUCCGUUUAAGAGCGCGCCACGCGGAGUUCGUCCUGGAUCGGGUUCUCCUCAAAGUUCUUCGCCACUGCCAGAACCAUUGUGGGCAAUAUCUUAGGAGUUUUUUCGAUGAUAUUUUGAGACAAAACAAAAGCUUUUGGUGAUAUACUCAACCAGUCGAAAAAUUGCAAUACUUUUUUGUCUCGAACGAAAACCUCAUACUAAUAGUGUCAACACAAACAGUUUUUAAGUGCAACAAUCAACAAAUCUUGGACCCAGUGUACACACGAGCAGUCAUUCAUCGUUAUUCCGAGCCGUUGGGGGCCUUAAACCGUCUGUUGUUGCCGUCUAGAGCGUUGGGAAAGCAAGAACAAAUAUUGACCAACGGGUUCGUCGUCACCUUUUUUGAAACCGGUGGUGUUGCCCUGAAAAGCAAACGGAUAUUUUCGGGUGGCGUGGUGUACCUCCUUCAACUUUUUGGUCAGAUAUUGUAUAGUAAACAGGGAAAUGCCACAGCGUAAGUGAAACUAAGUGGAUUACGUAUUGGCUUGUUUGGAUUUCAGUGACGGUCAAAACCUUGAGUGAAAAGUGAAUCUGCCGCCUAUCAUGUGCUAGAGCCGAGCGCUCAACGGAAAGCAAGAACGUGGAACAUUGAAAAGCUGCGGCCGACAACAGAUAAUCAUAACGAAAAUGCCAAAUGACACAGACAGCAUACCCUUCUAUGACGUGUUCGGUUACUACGAGUGGACCCUUACCCUAGCAGAUCCCCGAACGAAAGGAUGGCUCCUAGUGGAUUCACCUGUCCCAACGCUACUCUGCGUGUGCGGUUAUCUACUUGUCGUUUGGGCUGGUCCCAAAAUGAUGCGAGAUCGGAAACCGUUCGAUCUCAACCCAGUACUGAUUCCCUAUAACCUAGUGAUGGCACUACUUAACCUGUACAUUUGUGUUCAACUUUUCAUCGGCUCGACACAGCUGGGAUACAGCUACAUCUGCGAACCGUGCAAGCAGAGCUUCAGCAGUCCUGAGAUGCGGGUAAGAUUCACUUAGUUGGGAGCUUAUAAC